AAAGUUUUUUUAAAAACUACUUUGAGUGUCUUUUGUUAAUUUUUAUAGUUUUCUAACUUAGAUGGCUGUUGUCAUUGAAAUUCAUUCCCCACAGAGCUGUUUGCAUAUCCUUUCAGUGCCCUUAAUGACUUGAUGAACCUUGCCUAAUUUUUAUUGUGGGAGUUGUGUAGGCUUUUUCGUUUUCCUUUUUUCUUUGAGCUGUGUGACUACAGACAAGCAAUAUUUAAUAUCAGGGUUAAUGUGAGCUCCUUAGUGUCCUGUCACCAUAGCUAUUCUUUUCUUAUCCACAAAUAAUAAAUAGAAAUUAAUUAUUGUCUGAACAAUAGUUGCUUUUGUAGAAAAGUGUUGAAUUAUUGAGAAUUUUUUUAGGGGGUCCCUUAUUCAGUGCUGUAUAGUGCAGUUUAGAGGGGGGUUGACAUGCUUUAGCAAAAAAUAUUUGUUGAUUUGUAUUUGUGUGUGUAAGUUUAUAACAUAAAUGGAGAUGUCUAGUUGCCAAAUAGGAACUGAACGACAUAAACAGCACUGAUUUUUUUUUCCAACUUCACGAAUGAACCUCUUAAUUGGCAUUUUUUUCACGUUCAUGAUCCAGAAUUUAAAAACUUAGUGUUUAUUCUCAGUUGUCCUCAUUUAAGAGUGUGGCAUUUGGCAUGAAAUAUUAUGCACCUGUACACAGGAAAAUAACUAUUUCUGUGUGCUACUGUGGAGUGAUCUUACAGUUACGUGAGAAGAGCAGAGUGGAGAAAGAGUGUGAAAUAUCCUACUGUUUAAGAAGAAGGGCGGGGAUGUGAGCAUGUAUCCAUUUACAUUAAAACAGUGUAAGAAUAAAGCAUAUAAAUUUAGGUUUCCUCUAAGGAAGGAGUGACUAGGAUAGAGAGAAGGGUGCUUCAUUCUGUAGAUUCAACUUUGGAACCAUGUAAAUAUUUUAUGUAAUGAAAUAAAAUGUAUAAAGCAGAAUUGAAAAAUUGAAAAUAAAAUGAAGCAGAUUAACUCAUGUGGAUAUCCUUGUAGCAGCAGUUCUCAAAAUUUGAUUGUGUCAACAGAUCCCUCUGUUGGCGCUGAUGGUGCCAAGCACUGUUGAUAAAACUGCUUCUUAGUAGGAAUCAGGUAGUGACACUAAGCUGCACCUGGCCACCACCGCGUUGCCACCGCCACACUCUCGCUAAGAAUGUCCUUGAUGAAGCAGUAAAAAUGAUUAUUUUAUAAACAAUCUUGAUUCUCAGCUACAUGUCUUUUUAGUAUCCUAUGUGGCAGAAUGGAAAGCGUGCAGAAAGCACUUCUGUUGCUCAUCGGAUGCUAUGGCUGUGUGUAGAGAGACCCGUGUCCAGGUGUGCUGUGCUUCUAACUGAGCUGGCUGCUCUUUUCUGGGGACACUGUUUUCACUUAAAAGAUUGAAUGACAAACCAUUCAGAAUUGGGAUUUGGUAGACAUUUUCUUGAAAAAUGAAUGAAGUAAAUUUGUAUUUCAAAGAAAACAGGGAAAAAACAAAACAAAACAGGAAUUGUUGGAAAUGGUAGAAUUUGGGCUCUUGAACAAAAAUUAGAAUUUUAUAAAAUUAGUAACAGCCAUUGUGAUUGUGAGAACUUACCUGGUACUCAAAAUUUUUGUGGUGAGAUUGAUGGUGAUAGUAAUGAACAGGAUGUAUCAAAGUUACAUAAUGGAAUAUAUCAACAUUUAGUGGAUGUAUUUCCAGAUGAUCAAUACAUGAUGUUAACAAAUGCAGAGUACAAGAUAGACUUAUUUCAAGUACAAGGUAAAAUAAUUAAUUUUAGUUUGACAGAUUAUAAAAAUUUUAUCUAUUUGGUUUCAGAUUUCAGUAUACAGUUAGGCUUUAAAGAACUGCUAAUUGUUGAGUUUUGGUAUAGUAUCAGAGAAGAAUAUCCAUCAUUAUCUGAAAGAUUGUUAAAAUAUCUUUUCCUUUUAUACCUCCAUAUCUGUGCACAGUUAGAUUUUCAUAUACUUCAACAUAAAUAACAUCACAGUGGAUCAAAUGCAGAAUGAAGGUCCAUCCAUCUUGUUUUAAGACGGAUAUUAAAGAUAUAUGCAAAAAAUGACAGUGUUACUAUUACCUCUUAGUUCUUUUCAAGAGUAGUUAUUUUUAAUAAAAUGUUAACAUAUGAGUUUAUUGUUAUUUUGAAAUUAAUAUUACAGUUUCUCAGUUUUAAUUUCAAAUAUGGUAGAUAAUGAUGGAUACAACCUACAUAACAGAGGUCUUUGGAGAGUCAAUACUAAUUUUUUUAAUAAGUUUUAAAGAAAUAUUUAUUUAUUUAUAGCUGUGCUGGGUCUUUGCAGCGCACAGGCUCUUCCUUGCUGCUCAUGGACUUUUCUCUAGUUGAGGCAAGCUCUCUAGUUGCGGUGCAUGGGCUUCUUAUUGUGCUGGCUUCUUCUGUGGCAGAGCACAGGCCCUAGGGCAUGCGGGCUUCAGUAAUUGUGGCUGACAGGCUUAGUUGCUCCUCGACAUGUGAGUUCUUCCCUCACUGGGCAUCGAACCCAUGUCCCCUGCAUUGGCAGGUGGAUUCUUGACCACUGCACCAUGAGGGAAGUCAGAUACUUAUUUUUUUACUUUAAAAACUGGAAUUAGAAAAUAUACAUAGCAUAAAACUUACCUUUUAUACUAUUUUAAGGUAUACAGUUUAGUAGCCUUAAGUACAUUCACAGUGUUACAUAGCCACCCAAGUGCAGAGCUAGAUUUCCAGAGCUAGAAUAGCUUCUACAUAUUUCAUAUAAGUGGGAUUGUACAAUAUUUGUCAUUCUAUGUCUGACUUAUUUCACUUAGCAUGAUGUUUUCAAGGCCCAUCAAUAUUGUAGCAUAUAUAGAAAUUUUAUUCCUUUUUAUCGUUGAAUAAAUUCCAUUGUGUGUACCAUAUUUUGUUUAUUCAUCCUCUGUACUCCUGGUUACGAUGUAGGAGGAUUAAAAAAUGGAACUAUUCAUUAUUGAUAAUUUAAAUAGCAGAUUUACUGAUUAAAUAGUAAAUCAUAUGGUAUAGAAUAUAGAUAUCUAUAGAACAUGAAUUAUGGAGCCUCUUUUCCUUUUAUUUUUUGUAAUUCAGGGAAGGAGAAAUUCAACCUGGUAUUUGAAAUUCUGAGUCAUUAAUUUGAGGUAACCCGUUAGUCAUUUAACUCUUACUUUCCUCACUAUGUUAACAGUACUGGCUUCAUAAAAGGUUAAUUAAUUAUUACCUACACCAGAGUCAUUCUUUCUUUAAGCUUGCAUUAUAACUUUUGUAACAUCUUUAUUGAAGGCUGUAUCAGUUUUACUAUCAAUAAUUUUACCCUGUUACUUUGGUUGACCUGGAACCUAGCACAGUGGCUGGUACAUAACAGCUGCUUAACAAAUAUUUGUAUAAUAACAGACACUCUAGAAUUAUUUUUGUAGGUUAUAUCCCUAAAGUCAUCCAUCAUUGGUAGAUUUCUCUAGUUUCAUUCUUAUAAGGCUCUUGAGUUUUAUUUAACUUUGUUCCUAUAUAUUAACAAAGAUUAGGCUUUUACUUUCAAAACCUUUAAAGUUUUCAGUGCUAUCAUGCCACAUUUUUAACCUUUAUUAAGCAAUAGAGCCAAACUUUUACUGAAGGCCGUCAUUUCCUGGCUUCUCUGCUUAUGAAUCAGAUUGCAACUAUUUCUUUAACUUUGGAUUUGUGGUUUCUUGAACUACUUUAAGUGAUGCAAAAGAUGAGUCUUGUUAGGCGUUUCCUCUCUUUUAAAAGUGUAUUUGGUGUUUUAUUGUAAACAUGUUUUCUCCAAGGAAACUUCUGUACAGUCUCACUUCAUCAUCUCCUAGGAAUGAAAUCCCAGCUACAUGCACUGACGCCUGUGUAUUUUAUCAUUUGUUACUCAUGUGUGUUGGUUUUUACUUAUUUAGUUUUUCAAAAUGUUCCAGAGUUCUUGAAGUAACUCUAUUCUGACUCAAUGUUUUGCUGAUUACUAGACAUUUCCCUUUAGGUAACUCUCCACCCACAUUGGACUUGUAAAUGUUACCCUGCCAUUGGUUCCCUCUGGCCACUGAGUUCAUGAAUAAGUGUCACAUGCAUGUGGUAUUGCUUGUCAGAGACUAGAAUUCCAAGACUUCCUCUGUACAGAGAACAGUUAAACUUUCGUGCUUCUGGGCAGAGGAAUGGUCUUUGGGAUGGUUCUGCUUCCACCUAAUUGUUAUGGCAGAGAUCAGGACACAUCGCUUUGCUGUCUAUGCCAUGAGGCCUCAGAAACGGCUCUCCCCAGCUUGACAGAUCACUUUGCCAGCUGUUUGGAGGAUGGAUUUGAGGGAGACAAGACUGGAGGCAGUAGUCCAGAAGCCUUGCACCGCCCCUACGGUUGUGAUGUUGAACCCCAGGCCCUGAACGAAGCCAUCAGGUGGAGCUCCAAGGAGAACCUGCUCGGAGCCACCGAGAGUGACCCUAAUCUCUUUGUUGCACUUUAUGAUUUUGUAGCAAGUGGUGAUAACACACUCAGCAUCACUAAAGGUGAAAAGCUCCGAGUCCUUGGUUACAACCAGAAUGGUGAGUGGAGCGAAGUUCGCUCUAAGAAUGGCCAAGGCUGGGUGCCAAGCAACUACAUCACCCCUGUGAACAGCCUGGAAAAACAUUCCUGGUAUCAUGGACCUGUGUCUCGCAGUGCAGCAGAGUACCUACUCAGCAGUCUGAUCAAUGGCAGCUUCCUGGUGCGAGAGAGUGAGAGCAGCCCCGGGCAGCUGUCAAUCUCGCUCAGGUACGAGGGGCGUGUGUAUCACUACAGGAUCAAUACCACCACAGAUGGCAAGGUAUACGUAACUGCUGAGAGCCGCUUCAGCACCUUGGCCGAGCUUGUUCACCAUCACUCCACGGUGGCUGAUGGGCUGGUGACAACCCUACACUAUCCGGCGCCCAAGUGUAAUAAGCCUACAGUCUACGGUGUGUCCCCCAUCCACGACAAGUGGGAAAUGGAGCGAACAGAUAUUACCAUGAAGCACAAACUUGGGGGUGGUCAGUAUGGAGAGGUUUACGUUGGCGUCUGGAAGAAAUACAGCCUUACAGUUGCUGUGAAAACAUUGAAGGAAGAUACUAUGGAGGUGGAGGAAUUUCUCAAGGAAGCUGCAGUGAUGAAGGAAAUCAAGCAUCCUAACCUGGUACAGCUAUUAGGUGUGUGUACCUUGGAGCCACCAUUUUACAUUGUGACUGAAUACAUGCCUUAUGGGAACUUGCUUGAUUAUCUCCGAGAAUGCAGCCGAGAAGAGGUGACUGCAGUUGUGCUGCUUUACAUGGCCACUCAGAUCUCGUCCGCAAUGGAGUAUUUAGAGAAGAAGAAUUUCAUCCACAGGGAUCUUGCAGCUCGUAACUGCCUGGUGGGAGAAAACCAUGUGGUGAAAGUGGCUGAUUUUGGCUUAAGUAGACUGAUGACCGGAGACACCUAUACUGCUCAUGCUGGAGCCAAAUUUCCUAUUAAAUGGACAGCACCAGAGAGUCUUGCCUACAAUACUUUCUCAAUUAAAUCUGACGUCUGGGCGUUUGGGGUGCUCUUAUGGGAAAUUGCUACAUAUGGAAUGUCACCAUAUCCAGGUAUUGACCUGUCUCAGGUCUACGAUCUACUGGAAAAAGGAUACCGAAUGGAGCAGCCUGAAGGAUGUCCCCCUAAGGUGUAUGAACUUAUGAGAGCAUGUUGGAAGUGGAGCCCUGCCGACAGGCCCUCUUUUGCAGAAACACAUCAAGCUUUUGAAACCAUGUUCCACGACUCGAGCAUUUCUGAAGAGGUUGCUGAGGAGCUUGGGAGGGCCGCCGCCGCCUCGUCUGUGGUUCCAUAUCUGCCCCGACUGCCUCUGCUUCCUUCCAAGACCCGGACGCUGAAGAAGCAGGGGGAGAACAAGGAGAACAUCGAGGGGGCACAAGAUGCCACAGAAAAUUCUGCUUCCAGUUCAGCACCAGGGUUCAUUAGAAGUGCACAGGCCCCCAGUGGGUCCCCAGCACUGCCUCGAAAGCAGAGAGACAAGUCACCCAGCAGCCUCUUGGAAGAUGCCAAAGAGACAUGCUUCACCAGAGAUAGGAAGGGAGGCUUCUUCAGCUCCUUUAUGAAAAAGAGAAACGCUCCCACACCCCCCAAACGCAGCAGCUCCUUCCGAGAAAUGGAGAACCAGCCCCACAAGAAAUACGAACUGACGGGUAACUUCUCAUCUGUUGCUUCUCUGCAGCAUGCUGAAGGGUUCUCUCUCACUCCUGCCCAGCAAGAAGCGAGUCUGGUGCCACCCAAGUGCUAUGGGGGUAGCUUUGCACAGAGGAACCUCUGUAAUGACGACGGUGGUGGGGGUGGGGGCAGUGGCGCUGCUGGGGGUGGGUGGUCUGGCAUCACAGGCUUCUUUACACCACGCUUAAUCAAAAAGACACUGGGCUUACGAGCAGGUAAACCCACAGCCAGUGAUGACACAUCCAAGCCUUUUCCAAGGUCAAACUCUACAUCUUCCGUGUCCUCAGGGCUUCCAGAGCAGGAUAGGAUGGCAAUGACCCUUCCCAGGAACUGCCAGAGGUCCAAACUCCAGCUGGAAAGGACAGUGUCCACCUCUUCUCAGCCAGAAGAGAAUGUGGACAGGGCCAAUGACACACUUCCAAAAAAAUCAGAGGAAGGUGCCGCUCCGACCAGAGAGAGACCAAAAGCCAAACUUUUGCCCAGAGGAGGCACCGCUCUUCCUCUCAGAACCCCCUCUGGGGAUCCAGCCACUACAGAGAAGGAUUCUCCAGGGUUAGGGGUGGCUGGAGUGGCAGCUGCCCCCAAGAGCAAGGAGAGGAAUGGUGGGGCACGACUUGGCAUGGCUGGAGUCCCAGAGGAUGGCGAGCAGACCGGCUGGGCUUCUCCAGCCAAGACUGCCGCCGUCCUCCCAACCACUCAUAACCACAAAGUGCCCGUCCUUAUCUCACCCACUCUGAAGCACACUCCAGCUGACGUGCAGCUCAUUGGCACAGACUCUCAGGGGAAUAAAUUCAAGCUCUUAUCAGAGCAUCAGGUCACUUCCUCUGGAGACAAGGACCGACCCCGCCGGGUAAAACCAAAGUGUGCCCCACCCCCACCGCCAGUGAUGAGACUACUGCAGCAGCCGUCCGUGUGCUCAGACUCCACGGAAGAGCCCGCCGCCCUGACUGCAGUCCAGCCCAAGUCAGAAACACAGGAGGGAGGGAAAAAGGCGGCUCCAGGGGCGGUGCCCACCAGUGGGAAAGCUGGGAGGCCUGUGAUGCCUCCACCUCAAGUGCCUCUGCCCACAUCUUCCAUCUCGCCAGCCAAAAUGGCCAAUGGCACAGCGGGUACUAAAGUGGCUCUGAGAAAAACCAAACAGGCGGCCGAGAAAAUCUCAGCCGACAAGAUCAGCAAGGAGGCCCUGCUGGAAUGUGCUGACCUACUGUCCAGUGCCAUCACGGAACCUGUGCCCAACAGCCAGCUGGUGGACACUGGCCACCAGCUGCUCGACUACUGCUCAGGCUAUGUGGACUGCAUCCCCCAAACUCGCAACAAAUUUGCCUUCCGAGAGGCUGUGAGCAAACUGGAACUCAGCCUGCAGGAGCUGCAGGUGUCUUCCGCAGCCGCUGGCGUGCCCGGGGCAAACCCUGUCCUUAACAACUUACUGUCGUGUGUACAGGAAAUCAGUGAUGUGGUGCAGAGGUAGCCACUGGAAGCCAAGUGGGAACAUGCACACAUUUCUGAGGGGAGAGGGAAAGGGACUUGUUUUACUUGUGUUCUCGUUUCAGAAAAUGGAAGACUGAUACUUGAGUGUGUUUCUGUGAAGUACCUCAGAUCUCUGAGUUCUCACGUUUACAGGUUCAUCUCAACAAUAACAAAAAGCAAAAUCCAUGGGAGAGAGGGAAAAUAGAUGGGGGCAGGGCAGUCGUGGGCCAAUCAGAAGCCGCACUGAAGCAUCAGGGACGUGUGCCUGUCGAGCUGCGAAGGACUGAGUCCAGCCCGUCCUCACUGGAGCGGUGUGAGCUGGCCGAACAGGGCUGUGCAGUGAGGCCGCGGGGCCUGUGCCCAGACCAUGGGGUGGCUGUGGCUCUCACUUUGCACCACAUGGAAGGGAAUUGACCAGGGGCUCCAGCAGGUACUAGUGGUACUGAUCUCAGUGAGUGGGUGGGGACGUGCCAAGAGGUCUUGUUCAAGGCUGUUGGAAGCUGCUCUUAGCCUGGCUCCCACAAGGUCACGGCUGCAGUAAGAGCUGCAGAUCAGAUGGCUAGAUGCAAAACUGGGAAAUGUGGCUCUAUCUGUACAUGCCUGUCCUGUUGUCUGUUGGUGUGUUAGUUGGUGCCGGAGGUAAAGAACGCUAGGAUUGUGUGUUCAGGGAGAUUGAAACCUCGUCCUGCAUUGUGUACUGCCUAGCAGAAGCCACUUCUCCCAGGCUAGUGUAUGAUUUCGUAAUGGAUGAGGAUGGGCUUUGUGCUCAUUGGUGCCUAUCUGUGAUCCAUAGGCAUAGGGGGUCUCUGGUGGUUUUCUUCUGCCCCUUGCUGGGCAGGCUGUCUUCCUCUGUCCUGGCAGCAUUCAGGGCAUUAACCAGCAUUGAACACUAUUGAAAAUAAUGGUCCUGGACAGGGCUCUCAGGAGAGUCUCUGCAUACUGACAUACUGGCCAGGGACUUGAGCAGCUAUGUAUGUUUCUUUAUCAACUAAAGUGCCAGGGAAAAGGGUGUCUUCUUGAAACCCAGCAUUCAGCUGAGGAGCCUCUGACUGAGGGGAAAAGCUGGCUUGGUCCUAAUGACUCUUUCUCUCUACCUUUCCUCUCCCUUAUCACCUUAGACCCAAUCCAGGUAGAGAGUGGGGAGAAGCAUUCUCUCACUCUGCGUGGAUUUCAAAUGAAUCACCCUAAGUUAUUGUCACAUGCUUUUCUUCUUUCACUGGCUCCCCCUGCCAGUUGUUGUGCUUGUUUGUAAAGAUCAUACUGGAAAUACUCUUUGAUAUUUAUUUUUUCAUUUCACCUCUAUUUAAAAAUGCAUAAUUGAAGGAGCAGGGCAUUUUCAGGGGACGCCGAUUAGAUCCUGGAAACCUAAUGGUUUCUUUUCCUUCCCUAUUCAGUUAUUGUUACAGAAGUUAAUUAGGAUCACUUCUGAAUUUAGAACCAAAUCUAACUGUUCAGAUGUUAUUAAUACUCUCGAUACCAGGUCUAAGUCCAGUGACCACUUCAUUCUCUUUUUAAAACUUUAUGCCCCCUCCAUUCCUGCCUCCAAAGAGAAUGCAGUAUUUUUUAAAAACUCAUUUUUUUUUUACUCCCAAAGGAAUAUUAACUUAGGAAGAUAGGAAUUCAGCACUGAUGGACAGUGAGUUUUCUUCCUGGCUUUGUCAUUGAUCCACUGUCAGCCCCAUCGCCCCUUCUCUUAAUCUAUUAAAUGGAGGUAAUGAUACAUGUUCUCAAGGGUGUUUUGCAAAUAAGUGUAUAGUUAUCCCUUUGAGAGCCUCUCUGGAAAGCUCUUUAGUGCAGUAUUGUUAUGUAUGAAUACACAUUUUUCAUUCUCCUUUUUCAUCAUCUUUGCUUGGUGAUGAAAUUUAAAACUGCUGAGAUUAUACUAAUCAGGCUAAGGGGAAAAAUGGUUUUGGACAGAGUUUGGCAUCUUUGACCAAGAAGAAAUUUUAGUUUUCAUUAGAAAGAAAGGAAUUGAUUCUUUCUAUGGGUGUUCCAGAGGAGUCCCAGGCAAAAAGAAGAAAAAAGCAGGGAGGAGACCGUAUUGGGCAUUCCUUUCAGGGGUUGGGUAAUCCCUCUGUUACUUGUUGGUGGAACACAGGUAACCAGAGAUCUGGCUAAUCUCUUUGUAAUGUUUAGAAGAGUUCCCUUUAACUUGGAUUUGAAAACCAACAAUCCUCCGGCCACCUUCUUCUUUGCCACUCUCCUUCAUCACAUACUUCCAUAAACUUGAAAUUGUUUUAGCAAUUAGCCUUUUAAGGGUAGGGCAGGGAGAGCUAAAACUUUAGAAUAUUAUUAUGCUGCUUUUUAAGUUUAUCCCUGUCAUUGUGGAUGCAAGUUGAGGGAUUAGAAUCGUUUUUCAGGGGAUUUUCUUUCUUUCUUUCUUUUUUAAAGCAAGGGGUCUUUUCUUGAAAGCUCUGAAAAUAAGCCUUGGAGGAACACUACUGAGUGUAUUUAAGCUCCCUGGUUUUCUCACCGAAGAGCAGUCUUUGAGGGUGAGGGCUGGGUCUUACUCAGGGGUAGCACCUGGCUCUGUCUCGUUCAUAGUAGGUGCUCAGUAUGUCCAUGAAUGGAUUUUCUUUUUUUUUUUUUUUUCUCAACACUGUCAAGAGUGGCAUUGACUGUUGCAGCACACUCCAUCCACAUGACGCUUUAACUGGAGCUUCAGGAGUUGAGGGCUCAGGGUUUGGGCUAAAGAGACACUGUCAACUUACUAUAAAAAUGUAACUUGGGUUUUUUUCCUUUUUCUACUUGAAAGGGACCAGAUUUUUAAAAAACUAACCAUAUAUAAAUUUAAACAUUUGAAUUCAAAGCAGAGAAAAUUACUUUUAGAAACUAAAAAUGUAGUUUAAUUCUGUCUAGUUUAAAAACAAAGUAGACAGCAGGAGCAAAAGCCCUUCUACAAGGUGUUGAAGACUUUCUAAAGUGGUUAUUUGUAUGCAUCCCUUUGGGGUUACCACAGAUGAAUCCUCUCAUGUACAGAUAAUAUGAUUUUAGUUUAGAUUUACUACCUUACAAUGCAGUGUUGUGUAAAAUACAUCUUGUUUGUGCUUUACAUGAAGUAUUUUCUUAAAAGGCUUUGUGUACAAUUAAAAUGUGUAUAUUUUCCUACAGAUGUCCAUUGUGACUUUCAGAGAUAUAGCCUUAAAAAAAAAUUGGUCCUGAGAAAUUUAUUCAGUGUUUUUCCAGGUGACCUCUAUACAUUGAGGUUAUUAGGUCUCCAGUAGACCCAGUGGCACCGCACUC